AUGAGUAUUUGUAGAAGAAGUGCUGCAUUAAUUUUGAUAAGGGAUGAUUUUAAUGUAUUAAUGUUAAAAAGAAAUAAUGAUAUAUCAUUUGGAGGAUCAUUUGCAUUUCCUGGAGGUGUUCUAGAAGAAACAGAUUAUAAAAUAGCUUAAACAGAUUAAUAAUUAAUUUAAUAAAAUCAUUUAAAAUAUUAUUGCCAUCAAACUCAUUCAUGGUAUGAUUCAUCAUUAAUUGCUGCUAUUAGAGAAACUACUGAAGAAACUAAUAUUCAAUUAGAUUAUAAAUAAUUAUAUUCAUAAAUCAAACCAUUUAUUAGAAUAAUUACACCUUAAAUGAUGAAAAAAAGAUAUGACACCUAAUUUUUUAUUUUAAAUUUAAAUAAUUAUGAUACUUUAGAUAUCAAUAAAAAUGAAAGUAUAAGUUAUGAAUGGAAUACUCCUAUUGGAUUUUUGGAAAAAUUUAUUAAUAAUUAAAUAAGUUUAUUUCCACCUAUAUUUUUAUAAUUGUUAUUACUUAAAUAAUUAGGAAGUUAUAAUAAUAUUCUUAAAUAUAUUGAUUCAGGAGAUUAAUUUAAACAUACUUAUCCUCAUAUCUUUUAAUUUAGUAUUUAUAUUUAUUAUUAUGUAUUUAUUAGCUAAUAAAGGAAUUCUUAAUUAUCCAGAUCCUAAUUAUGAUAUAUAAAAGUUGCUUGAAUCUGAAUAAACAGAUUAUUUAAAAAAUGAAUUUAAAAUUAAAUAUAAUUAAAUAGAAAGAUCAGAUUUUAGAUUAGAAUUAGAAGGAAAUUUAAAAAGACUUACAGGACAUAUAGGAAUAUUUAAAAAUUCACCAUUAGCAUUAUUGAAUGGUAAUAUUGUAAAGGAUGGUUAAUUUAUAUAAAAUAAACCAAAAUUAUGA